AUGUCCGACGCACAAAACAUCCAGAACAAGCGUCUCUCAGACCUCGCACCCACACCCAUGAACACGCCCGCCACCCCAGCGAAUCAGAUGCUCACAGGCGCAAAGGCACCGGGCGUCCCCAAGAUUGACGAGGAAAAGGAGGAACGCGACGCGAUUGCCAGUGCUCUUCAAGGCAACCCGCAACUCAUGAACAUGAUCCAAGGCAGGCUCGGCGAUCUCGUGGGCAAGUCGUCCGGCUAUAUCGAGUCUCUCCCUACUGUCGUGCGUACCCGCAUCCACGGCCUCAAGGGAGUCCAGGCAGAACACGCCAAGCUCGAGUCGCAGUUCCAAGACGACCUUCUCGCCCUCGAGAAGAAGUACCUCGAAAAGUACGCGCCCUUGUAUGCCCGUCGCGCAGAGAUCGUUGCAGGCACGAAGGAACCCACCGAGCAGGAGAUUGAGGUCGGUCUCCAAGACGUCGACCCCGAUGAGGAAGAGGCUCGCGAGCAGGCAGACGCGAAUGAAGAGACCAACAUUCAAGGUGUGCCCGAGUUCUGGCUCACCGCCAUGAAGAAUGUCCUCUCCCUGCAGGAAAUGAUCAAUGCACGCGACGAGGAGGCGCUCAAGUCGCUCACAGACAUCCGCAUGUCGUACCUCGACAAGCCCGGCUUCAAGCUCACCUUCCAGUUUGCGGAGAAUGAGUUCUUCAGCAACAGCACCCUGACCAAGACCUACUACUACCAGGAAGAGGCAGGCUAUGGCGGCGACUUUGUGUAUGAUCACGCAGAUGGCGAUGAAAUCAAGUGGCACGAGGGCAAGAACCUCACCGUCCGUUACGAAACCAAGAAGCAGCGCAACAAGAACACAAAGCAGACUCGCAUUGUCAAAAAGACCGUGCCUGUCGAGUCCUUCUUCAACUUCUUCAGCCCGCCUGCCGUGCCGGAUGACGAGGAUGACAAUGAUGUUGCUUCUGACAUUGAUGAGCGUCUCGAGCUCGACUACCAAAUUGGCGAGGACAUCAAGGAGAAGCUCAUCCCAAGGGCUGUGGACUGGUUUACUGGUGAGGCACUUGCCUAUGAAGAGCUCGAUGACGAGGAUCUCGAGGAAGACUACCAGGACUAUGACGAUGAAGAUGAAAGCGGCGACUCGGAGGAGGAGGACUCAGAGACAGAGGCUGAUGGCAAGCCCAAGCAAGACCCUCAAGAGUGUCGCCAGCAGUAA